AUGUUUGCCCGCAUCUCUGCUCUCUCUGCCUUCUCCGUCCUGGCCCUCGCCAUCGCGACUAUCGCGGCUGCUGCUUGCCCUACUGGCCAGACACCUCUCUGUUGCCUGACUUAUGUGAACAUCAAUAUACGCCCUAAUAUCGAGGAGAAAUGUCGACUUAUUGCUUUCUUAAUUCUAGACUGCGGGCACCGCUGCUGGCUGUGUAGCGGGAGGCCCUACUUGCGCCGGAAUACUCCCCAGAAUUCCCCUGUGCUGCACUGCAGGGCCCCUCAACUUGACCGGGACGAAUUGCACUGCGAAUUGUGGAUAGAUGUAGAGGGAAUAUGGAGCGUGAGCGACUUCGAAGAGAGUGAUUUAAUCCCAUGGAGGUGCUGUGUUUUUGUCGAGUAUGUGUACGAUAGAGAUAUGUGGUUGCCCUGA